CCGUUAUCUUUUUCUCCACCUCCAAACUCCGCCCCUGCCUUCACUCUCAGCCUACUCAGAGGUUGAGGAUGGCGAAUCCCGUCUUCUCAAUCUCUCAUCCACGGUGUCUCUUCUUCUCCGGUAAUCAAAAUUCAAGCACAUGGAUUCAUCAUCCGUCGUCAACCUCUUCCAUCAGAACCCCGUCCAAGCAUUCUUCCCUCUCUUUCUGUUCCUACUCUCCUUCAUCUUCUUCUGUCGUAGAAGACGACCCCCCCGCCGAUGAAGAUCUUACUUUCAGCGGCUGCAAGGCAUGUGGGAAUGAGAAAAUAGAGAGCGGAUGCAACGGAGAUGGCAGAAUACAAGGUGGGAUAGCCACUGUGCCGGGUUUUGGCUGGUGGCCUAUAAAAGCAUACAGGCCCUGCCCUGCUUUUCUGGCCGCCGGCGGUAGAUACCAACGAACGGGUCAGAGCAUGGACGAGGUUGCCUUCGGGAGGGGACAACAAAGUAAAACUCCCUCAAGAACCCUCCAAGAAGACGACUCACAAGUAAGCAAGAAGAAGCCAAGUCCUAGGAAAUUCGCCAAGUAAUUAACUGUUGCAAGGGGAAGAGUCAAGAAAUUUGAAUUAUGUGGUAUGUGUUUUGUACCACUCUAUCAUAUUUAUGCCCCUUGCGUCCCAAGAAACUCGGAUACAUCUAUUCUAUUCGGGAUCUCCACGCCAGUGGUAUUUUGGUAAAUUGUUUACUUCAAACACAAAUAUAAAUACGUGUUCUGGGCCUCCAUUUGGGCUCCGAAAACCCUAAUCUUC